AUUAGUAAAUCGUGUUAGUGUGUCUUGCAAGAAACUCGAAAUAACUUGUGAAUAAUAUUCAAAAUAGUAGAAACAGUUGAAAAAGGCAAAAGUGAACUGACCAUUGUUCCUUCUGCGUGGGAAAGUGGGGGAAAAUUAUCGUUGCCGAAAUUAAAAGCAGAAAAGCUUGUUAGAAUUGCAGAUUCAGUACCAAGUUCUAAUUGGUUAACUAUGCCAUGCAAAUUGAAAAGAAACCACUUAAUAAAUUAUGAAAUUGCCGAAGAAGAAUUAGAUAGAAUGUCAGAUCAAGAGGAAACUGAGCAAGAGGAAUCAUUCCUUGAAAAAGUGCAAAUCAGAAAAAGGUCAAGAGUUCCAGUCUCAAGUAGAACUGAUCAAGAUCAAAACAAUAAUUAUAAUAGUUUAGCGAAAGUUUGCCUGGAGGCAAACAAAAUUGUUGACACUUCAGCUUAUGAAAAUGAAGCAAACCAUAGUCAAAUAUAUACUGUUGACCUCAUAAACUCUACUGAUGCAACAGAAUCAAUAAUAGUUGAUUUACCCAACCAAGGAGGUGUCUCUCAGUUGGAUGAUAGUAAGCUUGAUGCUAUAUUAUCUAAUCAAGCCCUCAUAUUGGAACAAAUUCAAAAAAAUGAAACAAAUUGUUUGACAAUUUUUGAAAAACUAGCUACUUUAGAAGCAACUUUAGACCAUAUAUGGGAAAAACAGAAAAGUUGCAUAUGUAAGAAUGAAGUUGAUAGCAUACCAUUAAUUUCUGAUGGUACAGAAUUCAUUCAACAAAUUGAUUGUUUGGAAGACUUGAAGAAGCUAGAUGAAAAAUUAAGUGAUAAUAUAGAAAUGAGAAGAUACAUAGAAAAAUUGAGUUUUAUAUGUGGAAGAAGAGGAAAUGGAAAUGGAUUAGAUAAUUGCUACUUAUUAGUGGACAAAUUAUUUACUAGAAAGUUCAUGACCCUUUGUUCAUGGGCAGGAGGAUCUAGAGAUAAAGAAAAAGAAAAAAUUCCAUUUAAAACUUUCAAAAAUGUCAUAAAUGUGUUUUUUAAAAUCAUUCAUUUAUCAGACAAUGAUUUUUCAUUGAGAGAAUGCGAAGACUUUUUAAAAAAUGUUAUUCGCCAUUCAUCCAGGAGGAAUAGUACCGCUCCAACACGGUGCUCUAGACAAAAACGGCGCCAAAAAUCCAUGCAGAAGAUUCAUCAGGUUGCAGAUGGACAUGAUGACAUUGAUGCACAGGAGAAAGAAAACAUAUAAAGAAAUUUCAUUAUUUAUUCAAUUUAUUGUUUUUUUAACAUUAACUAUAUUCUAGAGAGCCAAAAGUUAUUUUGUACAGAAGCCAGAGUUUAUUUUGUUAUAAAAUAUGUGUCAAAGGAAUAAAUAUAGUUUCAUUUUUAUGAUUCAUAAUAACCAUUUUACAUUUAAUACUACUUAUUUCAUAUGAUUUUGGAGUAUCAUAUUGUAUAUUUCUCACCUUGAAAAUAUUCAAGAAAGAAGAUUGUAUUGGAAUAUUGAACAGAUCUUCUAGAUUUUUAAUAGGAGUUCCAUAGAUAUACAGUGAGCCAUUUUCUGAAACGGCAUAUUCCAUAGCAACAAUCUUGUUAUCUUGAGUUAAAAACCAUUUAUUUGGAAAAUCUGAGGAUAGACAGAAUCCAUUUAAUUCGAGUUUGGAGAAAGUUCCAGAUAUAUUUUUCUUUUUCAAUAUAGGAAAAGUUUGUGUAACAUUUAGGGAGUCUACUUCACAUUCCACUAUUUCACUCAUUCUUUUUGCAACCUGGGCCAAUGGCAAGUUUCCAUUUCUCAAUUGAUUUUUUAUCAGAUAAAGUCUAUUUUCGAAUGGAUAAGUAUCAAAAGUUAACAACGGUCCGAAUUUUCUCACUUCAUCU